UGCAGGUUAGUAUAUCUUUCUUUCCGUCAAAAGGGAUUGGGGUAUUCUAGCCCAUGUUUCUCUUAGAUGUGACAGUAUUUUGGUGGCUUCCGUCUAGGGGAACCCGAUGUUGGGCUUAAGAAGACAAACUUCAACUAUGGGCGGCCAAACUUUGAGCAUGGGUUGUGGUCUUGUGGAUGACUUCUUAUAGAUUGCACUUCAGUAUGGAAGCUAAGACAGAGCUUUUGAAGUUGAAGAGUUAAUGGAUGUUGGAAUUUCCAAAGCUCCAUGGAGGAUCAUGGUUUUCUUAGAGUAUCCUUGGCUUACUCUCAAGGGCCGAGACAUCUUUCCAAAUGCAACAAUUUCAAGAAUGGCAACAAAUGCAGUGGCAACAAUUCCAGAACCUCGGGUUAAAGAAAAAGCCAGAGCGGAGAAGCUUGAGCAAAGACGCAAAGAAAAAGAGGCGCAACUUGCCCUCGAAAAGCAACAUCUGGUGCAAGAGGAUUUCAAAAUCAUGACCACCGACGUCGAAAAUCUUCCUCCGAGGGAACAUGCGGUGGUUUUGAUGAUGAAAGAUAAAAUAACCCUGAGGUGGCUUGCAGGGGAAAAGGGGAAGCAUUUCCAUGGAAGGGAAAAGGAAAGGAAAGGGAAAGUAAAAGCUGACGUGACACUGAGUUGGAAGAAGGGGAAAAGGGGAAAAAAGGGCACGCCCAUGGCCUAAUGGAUUGGUUAGACAUGAAACCAAAUCGAUUUUCAAAAUUGUUCAUCUGCUUCCUCAGCCUAGUCUCACAUGUGAGAGUCUCAUGAAUUAACUUCUUCAUUAUUUUAAUAAAUAUUAUCCCUCCAUCUCAUUAAAAUCAUUACAUUUUCAACAACAUGAUGAACAUACAUGUAUACAACUUUUAAAAUUAAACACUAUGGAAUUUA